AUGUUCUCCUCGACGCUUCGUCCCGGGGCUGGCUCCCGUCGCGUCAACCGCCGUCCCGACUCGACCGGCUCGCUGUCGCCGCAUCCGACACGCCGCGAAUACACUCUCCGGAGACACGCCACGGCCGACUUCACAGAGGCCGACGAUGACGAGCCUGACGAUUCCCACGAGGAGGGCCCGGCCCCCCGAUUCCCCAACGACCGCCAUCUUGACGACGAGGGCGAGGACGACGACGGGGACGACGACAACGACAACAACAACGGGGCUAUCGGCGAGGACGGCCGACAUGGAGCUCUACCCGUCCUCCCUCUCUUUUCUGCCAGCCACUUGGACUCCUUGCCCAUCUACAGUCUAACUCAUGCCAUCCGAAUCAUCGUAUCCGCCCGAACCGAGACGACACUCACCUGGGAUCAGCUUCGGUCUCCACAAGUCUCACAGUUUCUCGUCAAGCCUAUGCAACAGCAGAUCCGCACCCAGCACUUCUCUCGCGCGACGCUAUAUGCCUUGAUGGCCAACUGCCUCCAGUUCUGCAAGGAGGGCCAGCGGUACCCAAGCAACGCGGGCAUCAGCAGCACCCGGGCCAAGGUCUGCGAGCUGCUCACCCUCAAGCUUCUCAAGGAGUACAACACCCGUGAGCUCAUUGAUGCCCUCGCCUAUGACUUUUACCCCCUGCAGGGGCUUCCUGGUUCGCAGUCUCCCAAUGCCGUCCGCAGAACCCCUCCCGGCUCCAAGAUGCCGUUGACUGCUUCCCGCACGUCCACCCUCGAGGUUGCAAUCCGAGCCUCAGCCAAACACUUCCUUGCCCACCCCGUUGUUGUGCAACAGCUGGAUGCCAUCUGGAGCGGUGCCAUCACCUUUCACUCGUCUGCAGAUAGCUUGCACCGUGAAGCCCAUGAACGCAAUGGCAACGGCCAGAUUGGCAAGCCCGAUGCCAGAACCCCGUUGCUUAGAACUCUUCCUGUCAAGGAAUCCUUCUCCCAUCAUGCAAUGGGCAGACGGACCGUGACGCUCUACGAUCCUCGACAGGCGUCCCUCCUCAAACUCUCCCGUCUCCGAGUGCCUCGAUAUAGAUCAUUCCUAUCCACUCUGUCCCUUGCAGUAUUGAUUGGCCUGUUCCUCGCUGUUCUCGCCCAACGAUCCGUCCAGAUCACAGGCCUUGAACUAAUAUUCUGGUUCUGGAGUGCAGGUUUUAUGUUGGACGAGCUUGUGGGUUUCAACGAACAAGGCUUUGCGCUUUACAUUAUGAGUUUCUGGAACAUCUUCGAUCUCGGCAUUCUCAUGCUCCUCAUCGUCUACUACGGUAUGCGUGCCUAUGGCGUCUUCUUGGUGGAUCCUCAUCACUGGAACGACAUGGCGUACGAUGUGCUUGCGGCGAAUGCCAUUCUGCUCUUGCCACGCAUCUUUAGUAUUCUUGAUCACUAUCAAUAUUUUUCUCAGCUUCUCAUCGCCUUCCGGAUGAUGGCUGCUGAUUUGUUUGCGGUGCUCAUACUUAUUGGGAUCAUGUGCAGUGGAUUCUUCGUCUUCUUCACUCUGUCAAAGAACUCGUUCGAGGCAUCUGAGGUCGCCUACAAGAUAUUCCAGCUACUCAUGGGAUUUACACCCGCGGCUUGGGAUGUGUGGCCUACGUACAAUUGGCUGGGGAGAGCUUUGCUCGUAUUCUUCCUCAUUAUUUGUCACUUUUUAGUCGUCACAAUCCUCAUCACUGUCCUGACCAACUCAUUCAUGACAAUUGCAUCUAAUGCCAAUGAGGAACACCAGUUUUUGUUCGCCAUCAACACCAUCACCAUGGUAAAGAAUGAUGCCUUGUUCUCCUAUAUUGCCCCCAGCAACAUUUUCGCUUGGUUACUCAUGCCGCUUCGAUACUUCAUGCCGUUAAGGCAUUUCGUGUGGCUGAACCGGACCAUCAUCAAGGUGACACACUUCCCUGUACUGUUCUGCAUCUAUCUGUAUGAGAAGUUUUGGCUGGCUCCGUCCAUGUAUGAGCCAACGGACCUGGUGGAACACCCAGAACGUGGAAGAGCCAUCUCGUUUGCAGACCCGGUGUCCAGAGCAAUCUUCAGCCCGAGUGUCCGAGUUCGCGAGGAGUCCGUUGCAGGAUACCAGAAAGACCGGGCUCUCGAAGAAGUCUUUCGACGCGUGCCGGAUCCCCUCACCCUGAGGACGCAGAGACGCCAUGAGAGGAGGAAGACUCAGACCGCCAUUCGCAACUGGAUGGACCAGCAUGACGAAACAGGCGAGUCACCAGGUAAUUGGCCCACGCUGGAAAGCGGCGCUGUUCCCAACUGGCAGAGGAGGUUGAGUGUGGGAUGGGAACGUACCCCCAACCUCAGACGCGUCUCAGAUGUAAGAUCAGCUGCUAGCGAUCCCGCUGAUCUGCUGUCUAAUAACGGACACCCGUUACGACACGAGCAUUUCCUGAGAACUCGUGUGGCUCCUGAGGCACCGGAGUACAAAGAUCAAACCGACGCGGAUGGUGAUGACGAGCUUGUCACCAACGACGAGGAUGAGGAUGAUAACGGCACAAACGCUGAGAUGAGCCGGGCUGGUAUUAAUCAGCGCAUUUCCGAGGAACCAGAGGAUAGCUACUUUUCUUCACGCAUGGCUUCGGGCUUUGGCAAAUUGGCAUCCUCGGUGAGUUCAUCUGGCAAGGAUGUGCCUCCAACUCCACGGCCGAGACGAGGUGGACACACGCGGACAUUGUCGACCAACACCAUUCUCUUCAACCCUCAGGAGAUGAAGCAACCCCAGGGUGCUUCUCCGGUCUCGCCCCCUCACGCCGGACAACCUCGGCCGCGAACUAGCGGACGCACAACUGGAGGAGAGAAGACCCCGACUCACGCCGGACGUCGUAGCUCACCACGACGGUCGUUAUAUGUGGCCGGAUCUAAGGCCCGACCUGUGAUGGCUCCACGGGCAGAAACGGGUGCCGUCAGCCGGUCCGCGCUUCUCAGCAUCGAACCUCGAAACAGACCCCGAGAAGUCAGGAGACUGUCGUCGUUAGAUCUAAGCGUCAUGUCGGAUCAGAUGCCAUUCGGAGGUGAUGAUCCCCAUGCAGUCAUGCCUGGAAGCUUCCAGACGCAGAUGGCCAUGGCGAUGAUGAAGGACAACCGGCUGCGGGCAGCUGGUAGUAUGGAUGCCGGAGAUCGGGACAGAAUUGGAAGAUUGGUGCUGGCCAGGAUGAAGACGCUAGAGGAGAGCUUCGCAGACGUGAUCCGGGAUCUACGGGAUCUAAAACAUUCGUCGACAGCCCCCACGACUCGACGGAACUCAUCAGGUGAUGAGGCCAGAACGUCGCCCAUGAUCGAAGUUGCUGGGCGAGAUCGGCUCCGCAAGGCCAAGCUCGAGGCCGCGUCGAAGAAGGUGCCGCCUCCUUCAAAGAGACCCGUCAGCCGGAGGAGCCUAAAGGAGCCAAAGGCAAUGUGGGACGUCAAAGGAAAAGGCAAGGAGGUGGCAUACUCGUCGGAUGACGAGGCCGAAACGGACGACGACUUGUUUCAGAAGGGCGGCUCAUUGUAA